UCUCAUUCUCUCUUGAUUUAUUUCUUUCUUACUCUAUCCCAUUCUGUUUUUUAGGGACUGCUUUUUUCUGUUCCAUCAUAAAUACCUUACCGUUGCAAGACUCCCUCAUCCGCUAUAUAUGUGUGUCUUCCCUUCUCAUUUCUUCAUCAACCGAAAACACAAGCUCUCUCAUUCUCUUCCUUCUGUCUCUCGUACUCUAUCCCAUUUUGUUUUUUAGUUUUUCGAGCAACUAAAUACCUAGCAAGUGCUGGUAUAUUGAUUGGUUCCAGUGCAGUUCAUGCUGACGAAUUAGAAGUUGUUUUAUCAUAGGGAUGAGACACUUUAUAUUUGUUUUCACAUUCAAGCAGAGCCGUGAAACUUCUUAAAAAGAGCAAGAUCCGUGACUCGGUCAUUUUGUUAACGUGAUUCUAUUUUGCAGGUUUUCCUACUGCAAUACUUAGCUCCACCGAAGUGCAACAACAUUUUUGUGGUUGAAAUCUCGUAUAUUGGAUACAUAUAUCAUACCAAAACAAUUAUAAAUAUAAAAGGCCAUGGAUGAAAAUUUAAUAUUUUAUACCAUGUCGAUUAAUCUAGUCAUUAUACAUGAUCUAAGUUGCAAAAAUUUUGUAGUGUUCACUUACCAAACACUAUAACAUACUUUUCAAGUUGAAAAUUAAAAUUUACCUUAACACCAAUUUACUUCAUAUUAGGGUUUAUUUAUUCGAAUUAAAAGCACAAUUUUCAACAUUUAUUAUACGAAGUACAACACUCUCCCAUUAAACCUAGUAUAUUACUAGCAUAGCAAAGAGACGUAUUCUCGACAAAAUAUAGAAAAAACACCUAAACUCUCAAGUAGUUCUUUUAAACAAAUGCCUAAUUGAAAACUACUAAAUUAAUGAUUGGAAAUAAAUGCCUAAAAGAAUGGAUUGAAAACAUUCUUGUAAAGAAAUGGGAGAAAAUUAUGGGCAAACAAUAGAAAGAGUUGCCGAGUAAGAAGGAGAGAAAAAGGGUUAGAAUAUAUAUUUUUUCUUCAACCCUUGUGUUUAUGUUCAACUAUGUUUCAAUUUUUCUCUCAUUUUAUUGCCCAGAAAAACCCAUUAACACCUCAUUAUUGUUCCAAAUUCAGAAAAGAAAAAAGAAAAUGUCUUCAUUGAUUAUUCCACCUAUUCUUACUUCUCCACAAGAUGAUGCUGCCCAACUUCAUAAAGCCUUCAAAGGUUUUGGGUGUGACAAUGGUGCAGUUGUGAAUAUUUUAGCACAUAGAGAUGCAGCACAACGUUCUCUAAUUCAACGUGAGUAUAAAGCCAUGUAUCACAAGGACCUCAUCAAACACUUGAAAUCUGAGCUUAGUGGCAACCUUGAGAAAGCAAUUUUAUUAUGGAUGUAUGAUCCAGGAACUCGAGACGCAGUAAUAGUAAAAGAGGCAUUAAGUGGAGAUACAAUACAUCUUAGAAGAGCCACAGAAGUAUUAUGUUCUCGUACUUCAACUCAAAUUCAACACGUAAGACAAAUUUACUUGUCUAUGUUUCAAUCAUAUAUUGAACAUGAUAUUGAAAAAAGUGCUUCUGGUGAUCACAAAAAGCUGCUAUUGGCUUAUGUAAGUAAACCAAGAUACGAAGGCCCAGAAAUAGACAGAAACAUAGUAGAGAAAGAUGCAAAAACUUUGUAUAAAGCAGGAGAGAAGAGAUGGGGAACUGAUGAACAAAAGUUUAUUCAAAUUUUUAGUGAAAGUAGUCGUGCUCAUCUUGCUGCUGUUGCCUAUACUUAUAAACAAUCAUAUUCCAAUUCUCUCGAAAAGGCAAUAAAAAGUGAAACUUCUGGUUAUUUUGAGUAUGGCCUUUUAACCAUUGUGCGCUGUGCUGAGAAUCCAGCUUUGUACUUUGCAAAGGUUUUGCAUAAGGCAAUGAAAGGCAUGGGAACAGAUGACUCAACACUGAUAAGGAUAAUAGUGACAAGGACAGAGAUAGAUAUGCAAUAUAUAAAGACAGAAUAUCAAAAGAAGUAUAAGAAAACACUCCAUGAUGCUGUUCACUCUGAAACAUCAGGCAGUUAUAGGGACUUUCUUCUUUCCUUGUUGGGCUAAACAAGCUUUCAAUUUUCCUCAAACCCUCUCCACUUUUUCAUCGUCACAAUUUUGCUCUUGCUUGU